UGUUCCGGUUACGUCAUUGAUGCUCGGCGGAGCCUCUGAUUGGUUACUUUGGUUCGCUUUAGCUGCAGUUAGCCAGUAUUCCUAAAGCCAACAACACAGUUUAGAACAAAUUAAAGCGUUAAACGCUGAAAACAACAUGCAUUUUGGAGCUCAAAUUAAUUUUUUGGGUAAUAUAAAUUAGCUGUCGGUUUGAUUUUAUUUGCUAUUUUAUCUCCGAGGGCAUUGAGGUUGCCUCAGGAGAGAGUGGAGCGGCUAGCCACUAACACAGAGACUUUCCUCAACCAAACCAAGAAGGGUGACACAACAACUCAACUUCUCCACAUACACUCUCUCUUUCGUGUCUUCUGCGAUUAUCAUCUGUCAGGUUGCGUGUGUGUCGAGGUCAUGUGGAGGAAUGCUGUGCUGGUGGCGGUGUUGGCGUUGGGGAUGGGGUAUUUGUACCACACUGACCCGGAGCUGCCGGCCCGCAUGCUAAACUACAUCAGCGAAUCCCUGCCGCAGAUGGAGCCGAGUGGCAGCUCAGAGCUGGAGGAGGCCAUCGCACGCGCCUGGCAGACCCUCAUCACGGCGCCGGCCCGACGCUGGGCGAGAGUGGCAGUGGGGGUGAAUGCCUGUGUGGAUGUGGUGGUGUCUGGGGUGGGGCUGCUGCAGGCGCUCGCUCUCGAACCUGGAUCCGGCAGAGACCACGAGAUGCUACACAACAAAGAGGACCUGAAAGAGGCCUUCGUCCACUACAUGGGGAAGGGUGCCGCCGCAGAGCGCUUCUUCUCAGAUAAGGAGGUUUUUCAAAGGAUCGCACGGGCGGCUGCAGAAUAUCCCGGCGCUCAGCUUUAUGUGGGUGGAAAUGCUGCUCUUAUUGGCCAGAAACUGGCGUCUAACCCAGAACUCGUGGUCCUGUUGUGUGGUCCGGUGGGGCCGAAGCUUCAUGAUAUGCUGGAUGAACAGAUCGUAGUCCCGCCCGAAUCUCUACAGGAGACAGAUGAGUUCCACCUCAUUCUGGAGUACAUGUCAGGUGAACAGUGGGGUUCUUCACGAGCUCCUCAGGCUAACCGCUUUAUACUGUCUCAUGACGUGUCCAAUGGUGAAAUGAGCACGCUGGAGACAUUCGUGGCCAGUCUGGAGGAGUUCCAGCCGGACCUGGUGGUUCUGUCCGGACUGCAUAUGAUGGAAGGAAUGGGCCGGGAUCUUUGGGAGGAACGACUGAAAGAGGCAGUGGUUGCCAUCUCAGAUGUGAGGAACGAGGUGCCCAUCCACCUUGAGCUGGCUAGUAUGACAGACAGAGACUACAUGAACCGGAUCCUGCAGGAGCAGGUCAUGCCCAUCGUGAACUCCAUCGGUCUGAACGAACAGGAGCUGCUGUUUUUGGCUCAGUCCGGAGGCGGACCUCACGCCGACCUCACUUCCUGGGACGGCAUACCCGACGUGGGCCGCGUCAGCGACAUCCUGCUCUGGGUCCUGGAGCAGCACGGCCGAGCGGACCCAGAAUCCGAGGCCGAUCUGACCCGGAUCCACUUCCACACGCUAGCGUACCACAUCCUGGCUACGGUGGACGGCCACUGGGGGAACCAGGUGGCGGCGGUGGCCGCGGGCGCUCGUGUGGCCAGCAGUCAAGCCUGCGGCCUGCAAGCGGUGGAUAUUACAAAGGUGGUCCUCAAGGCGCCUUUGAACUUCCACAGCUCCUUCUCAGAGCCGAGGGAGAGCCUAGCGGUGGACCCGACCCGACCGGUCACCAUGUGGCGCAGAGGGAACGUCUCGUUCCAUCUCACGCCGGUCCUGGUGUGCAAACAGCCGCUUAGGACUGUGGGAUUGGGCGACGCCAUAUCAGCCGAAGGACUUGUGUUUUCAGAGGUCACGCCUCGGCCUGAGCUCUAAGAGACGCCUCUCGUCCAUGCUGUUGAAGACACGUCCUCGUCGUUAGAUCCUAAAGCUGGAGAAACAGACUCACAGGGCAUCAAACGACAGAGCAAAACCAGUUGGAGAUGCAGUGCACUGUCCUUUUGUUGUUGCUACUUUUGUCUGAAAUUGUGAAAGACAACACAAUGAACCAGCCGCUGCCAUUUUUUUUGAACGGUUAAUUUAACCAAAAAUGAACGUUCGGUCAUCAUUCGCUCACCUAAACGACCUUCUUUAUUCCAAAAGAAAUAGUGCAGAAGUCAAAUGGUUUUAGGCAAGUAAAUGAUGACAGAACUUUUAUUUUUGAUGAACUACUAACUUUUUUUAAAAUUAUGAUAAGAGAUCAUACUCAACAGGUGCAGAAGACCUGCGGCUGCUAUUGGGACGGAUGAAAGCGAACGAGAGAAUUAUUUUAGAGUCUUAUAAACAUCUCAAAUCUUCAUUGAAUUCCUAAACACUCCUUCAUUUGGUGUAUGAACGUUAAUACGUAGCAGAACCAGAAGGCCGUCGAUGCACUUCAGGUUAACCAGGUUUAUCCAGUGAUGUAUUUUUUUAAAUCUAGGUAACGUGAGGCUCUCUUAUCUUAAUGGAAUUAAGCAGAAGUAAUUAAAGCAAUGUUCCCAGGGUCAACCUGAAAGUCGAAAUAAUUCCCGAAUAGUUAAUAGUUUAGAUCACCAGCUUCCCUCGACGGUGUUGUGGCCAUUAUUCAGUGCACAUAUUAUUAAGUACCAUUCGUUAUUCUAGUCUUAAACGUAUCUUAAUGUUGUUAAGGCUGGAAAUCUAGCUGUAGGUUUGUGUACAUUGGAGCCAGCAUCAUUUGUAUAUAAUAAGAAGAGGAAUCGUAAUUUUCUUCCAUCCAUUCAGGUUUGAUCAGCAGGUUAUCUGUGUGAAUCAUGUACUGUAGGUGGCGUUAAUGAUGACUGUUUUAUGAUGCUUCCUGUUUUUAAAGGUUACAUGAAUCUGUAUAUACAAAAGACGUCAUUUAUUCUUAUUAGUCAAAGGUUUUCAGCCAUGAUGUACCAUCCAAACACCUUUGACGUAUGACUUUUAAUGUUUUAUUUGGGACGUACUAAUUAAUCUCGAUUAUGUGAAUUGUCAUCUGUCUUAACCCAGCCUUAAAGUUUGACAAGCCCAUCUGAGGCUUUUUAACGAAUGCAUAGUUGUAGAAGCGUUGAGCAGUGUUUGUAAAGCAGUUUUGAAGUUAAUGAACCACGAAUGCUUUUAUGAACAGUUUACACACAAAUGUGUUUGUGUUUCGUGAAUAAGGCAAGAUGUUCAAAAUGCCUCGGAUCAUGAACCUCAUGGAUUCGUUCUGUAUUUCUGUAACACUUCGUAUUGAUGCUGUUAGUUUCUCAAACCA